AUGCAUACGGCGCUGUGGCUAGCGGCAGAGAGCCAUGUAAGGGCCUCGUUUCGCGCCUCUCUACGCGCAUAUUCUCGAAGUGCGGACUCUGGAGGAGUUCUUAUUCAACCUCCCCGCCGUGGUGUUUCGCAGCUUUCUCGCAGACAGCCAUGUGUACUACUCUUGACUUGUCCUGGAACUCGCCAAUUAUCGUGGCUUCCUAAACUGACCCUACGACCCACCGAAACGGACACAGAACCAUCGGACGGACACGAGGAGGCAGCGAAGGUCGCCAUACUGGAGAAAGCCAUGAGAGGGCGGCAGCCGACCGACCUCAUGCUUAGAUGCACCAUACUAGAUGCUGACGGGAACGUGAAAACAAUUUCCGGCCAGUUCAGGAAAACCGACCUCUGUGCAGAACACCGUUUGAACCCCCGUGAUCUGCGAAAAAUUGAUUCCAGGAUACCGAACCUUGUACCAACUAUUCUCGUGCGGAAGGAAGCGAUUCUUGUAAACAUCCUGCACAUUCGUGCACUAAUCAAAGCCAACGCAGUGGUGCUAGGCGAGUGUAUUGUCGCGCACGUUUAUCGGCUGCACCAACCGAAUAUACAGCACAACCUCAAAGUAAAGUCGCCCGGACUACCGUACGAGUUCCGAGCACUUGAAUCUGUUUUAUUAUCAGUACUAAGCGCGUUAGAAGCUGAGAUGGUCUUCAUACGCAACCUCGUUGGGGGACUUCUCGCUGAGCUUGAAGAUGACAUUGACCAUGAUCGCUUCAAGCGCCUAUUGCAUUAUUCUAGGCGAUUGGCAGCUUUCCAGAAUCGAGCUAAGCUGGUGCAGGAAGCACUAGAAGAGGUUCUUGAACAGGAUGAGGAUCUCGCAGCCAUGUAUCUCAGUGACAAACAGCGGGGUGAGGUGCACAAACUCAACGACCACGAAGAGUUGGAAGUUCUCUUGGAGUCCUUCUCCAAGCAGGUAGAGGAGAUUGUCAACGAGGCAGAAAAUAUGCAGACAAAUGUGCAAUCGACGCAAGAAAUUGUGGAACUCGUAUUAGAUUCUAAUCGCAAUGCCCUACUUGCGCUUGACCUCAAGGUAUCCAUAUGGACGAUGGGUAUCGGGAUUGGAACCCUCGUCGCGGGCAUGUUCGGUAUGAAUUUGAAAAGCCACAUUGAGGACAAUACAUACGCUUUUGCGAUCAUGUCAGUCUUUUCCGUCGUUAUUGCGCUGGUGUUUUCUUGGACUGGUCUCCGACGGCUAGCAAGAAUUCGCAAGGUCGGGCUAGCGACCAAUAGCCGCAAACUAUCAGUCAGGCAUCACUGGUUGUCCCACUAUCUGGGGCGGAAAGGUGCGGGAUGGUAA